AUCAAACUGAAAUGUAACAUUUUGAUUUGUCAAGGCAGAGAAAGCUAUGGAUGUUGAGCAUAAGAAGCCGUUGAUCGAAUCAUCGGAUCGUAACCUUCCUGAUUUCAAAAAAUCAGUGAAGCUUAAGUAUGUGAAGCUUGGUUAUCAUUACCUUAUCACACAUGGAAUGUACCUCUUCCUCUCCCCAUUGGUGCUUGUAAUCGCUGCGCAGAUUUCGACAUUCUCUAUCAGCGAUAUUCGCAACCUCUGGGAGCAUCUUCAGUACAAUCUUAUCUCAGUGAUUGUUUGUUCUAUGCUUCUUGUGUUUUUAAUGACUAUUUACUUCAUGACUCGGCCGCGUCCUGUGUACUUGGUGGACUUCUCGUGCUUUAAACCCGAUGAGUCCCGUAAAUGCACUAAAAAGAUCUUUAUGGAUCGUUCUAAACUCACUGGUUCUUUCACAGAGGAGAAUCUUGAGUUCCAGCGCAAGAUUCUACAACGUUCGGGGCUCGGGGAAUCUACUUAUUUACCUGAGGCUGUUCUCAAUGUUCCUCCAAACCCGUGUAUGAAAGAAGCUCGAAAAGAGGCGGAGACUGUGAUGUUUGGAGCUAUUGAUGAACUUCUUGCCAAGACGAAUGUGAACCCGAAGGAUAUUGGGAUCUUGAUUGUUAACUGUAGUUUGUUUAACCCGACACCUUCGUUAUCUGCUAUGGUUGUUAAUCACUAUAAGCUCCGCGGGAACAUACUUAGCUACAACUUGGGAGGAAUGGGUUGCAGUGCUGGUUUGAUCUCAAUUGAUCUUGCUAAACAUCUUCUUCACUCCAUUCCCAACACUUAUGCAAUGGUGAUUAGCAUGGAGAAUAUUACAUUGAACUGGUAUUUCGGGAAUGACCGGUCAAAGCUUGUUUCCAAUUGUCUUUUUAGAAUGGGAGGUGCAGCGAUUCUUCUCUCUAACAAACGAUGGGACAGAAGAAGAUCGAAAUACGUGCUUGUUGAUACGGUUAGAACCCACAAGGGAGCUGACGAUAAGUGCUUUGGUUGCAUUACUCAAGAAGAGGAUUCCGCAAGUAAGAUUGGUGUUACCCUGUCGAAAGAACUAAUGGCUGUUGCUGGUGAUGCUCUAAAGACAAACAUCACAACGUUAGGACCACUGGUUCUGCCGACAUCUGAACAGCUUCUAUUCUUUGCAACAUUAGUGGGACGAAAACUCUUCAAGAUGAAGAUCAAGCCAUACAUCCCAGACUUCAAACUAGCGUUUGAGCAUUUCUGCAUCCACGCGGGAGGAAGAGCUGUUCUUGACGAAUUGGAGAAGAACUUGAAACUCACAGAUUGGCACAUGGAACCCUCAAGAAUGACACUCUACCGUUUUGGUAACACAUCCAGUUCUUCUUUGUGGUAUGAAUUAGCAUAUAGUGAGGCAAAAGGAAGGAUCAAGAAAGGCGAUAGAAUUUGGCAGAUAGCUUUUGGUUCUGGUUUCAAGUGCAACAGCUCGGUUUGGCGAGCGGUAAGGUCGGUCAACCCUAAGAAAGAGAAGAACCCAUGGAUGGAUGAAAUUCAUGAGUUCCCAGUUGAUGUCCCCAAGGUCUCAACAAUCUAGAAACCAUCAGCAAUUUUUCACAAGAGGUUCUUGAGUUUUCAGCUUUUGAUAUUUUGUGUCUGUUCGGUUUUGUGUCUUCCUAAUGAAUUUUCCUUGUUCUU